ACGCGCAUGGCGCGGGAGGCGGAACUUGGUUACCUUCAGCGGUUACGGUUGGGCGGAGGGAGGGGGAGAUGCCGGGCGGGGAAUGUUGUUCGUCACCGCGUGCACCUCUCCGCGCGUGCUCACUUUUGAAUGAUCAACGCACCGCCCGCGCGCGAUGAUUGACGCGGCGAAAACACCACCUCGGCCGAAUGGUGCAACGCUGAUUCCGCCCACCUCCCCUUAUCAUUGGCGACGGUGAUCGCGGAGGGCGGGCAAUCGUGCCAGAUCCGAGCGCCGAUUAGACAACACCCGCGUCAGUUAAUCAGAUCCCGAGGCUUUUUUUUCAUUGUGAAGUUAGGUUGAGCAGCAGUAGAUGGAGGAAGCUCCUUAGUGAAUGUUGAGUGUAUUCUGUUAGAGUCUGCUAAUAGAGCCAUGACUGGAUUUCUUUGGCUGGGCAGCAUGAAUUGUGAAAGGUCAUGGCACUGAGUCCUGAUGAUGAAGACUAUGACACCUCCCAGUCCAGGGCUUCAGCAAGACUAAAACCUCGGCCAGCCCCUUCAUCAGGACCCAAACUCCUUCCUCACAAAUCAACCAGUGGUGCACGCAGACGCAGAACACGAUGCCGCAAAUGCGAAGCAUGCUUGCGAACGGAAUGUGGAGAAUGCAACUUCUGCAAAGACAUGAAGAAGUUUGGAGGCCCUGGCAGAAUGAAGCAGUCCUGUAUCAAGAGGCAAUGUAUUGCUCCUGUGCUACCACACACUGCAGUAUGCAAGAUCUGCGGUGAGGCAGGAAAGGAGGACAAUGUGGUGGAUGAAGCGGAGAAAUUUAAUGCAAGCUUAAUGGAAUGCUCCAUCUGCAAUGAAAUAAUACACCCAGGUUGUUUAAAGGUGGAAGAGUCGGAAGGGGUUAUAAAUGAUGAGUUACCAAAUUGCUGGGAAUGUCCAAAGUGUAACCAGGAGGGAAAAACUGGAAAAGAGUUUAAAGAAGGUGAAGAUGGAGGGAGACGAAAAUCUGAAGAUCUUGGACGUCCAAGAAUGGAGGAGUAUCAUUCCAAUAGGCGGAAAUCUGAUGAUGGGCUAGGACUCAAACGAAGAAAAGACAAGGAUCUACCUACAGAUUUGGGCCCAAGGAAAAAGCUGAGAGGAGGAAAAGAUGACAAACUUCAAAAGAGAAAGAAAAGGAAAGUAACUCCAGACUCUGAAGAAUCUAAUAAAGUAAACCACCUUGAAAGGUCAGAACAUGCAGAUAGGAUAGAACGGAUACGUCAAAUGAUGAAACGUGUCAACAGAAAUGAAGCUACCAGCUCCAGCUCCAGCUCAGAUUCUGACUCCGAUUCUAGCUCUGGUUCGGAAUCCAGUCUACAGAGAUCCGAAGGAAGCAGUGGGGAAUCUAGUCCGAGGUCCAUUGCAAAGACAGAUAGCCAAAGGUCAAAGCUCAGAAGAUUUUCCAAUGACAUUUUUAGUGAAGAGGAUGACGAGGAAGAAGAAGAUGAAGAUGAAGAGAAUGCAAGGAAUACAAAAUCUAAUUUGCUUUCCUUGGCUUCAAAAGUUGGUGAAAAUAACUAUUAUUCCUUAAGAGGAGAAAAUAUUCAAAAAAACUCUUUCAGGACAGUGGAGGUUUCAUUAAAGAAGAAAAAUGGACCAUCCAGUCAGCUUUGUCACAAGGUUCUUGGAAAUAUAUCUCGUCCACGGAUACUAAGCAAACUUCCAGUGCAGUCUCCUCCCAAGCCAUUUCAAAUGGAGAGACAUGUGGUUCGUCCUCCACCUCAUAGCCCUGAACCUGAUUCUUUACCACUUACCAGUGGAUCAGAACAUGUGGUGCAAAGAGAGGUGUGGCUGGCAAUAUUCAGUUACCUGAGCCAUAGGGACCUAUGCAUCUGUAUGAGAGUAUGCAAGACGUGGAAUAAGUGGUGUUGUGACAAGCGGCUAUGGACCACCAUUAACUUGAGUCGCUGCAAAUCGAUCACUCCAACAAUGCUGAGUGGGAUCAUCAGGAGACAGCCCAUCAUUCUAGACCUUAGCUGGACAAAUGUCUCAAAGAAACAACUCAGUUGGCUCAUAAACAAGUUGCAAAAUUUAAAAAUUCUGGCACUAGCAGGAUGCAUCUGGAGUGCGAUCUCUGCACUUUGUACAUCGAGUUGUCCUCUUCUACGCAUGCUCGAUCUUCGUUGGGUGGAGGAUCUCAAAGACUCGCAAAUGAGGGAGUUGCUCUCACCGCCUACAGAUUGCAGAGUAGGUCAUAACCAGAGCAAACUGUGCAACCUGACAGAAUUUCAUUUAGCGGGUUUGGAUAUUACUGACUGCUCGUUGGCGCUGAUGAUACGCUACAUGCCAAUGCUAAACAAGCUGGACCUGAGUCAAUGUAACCACGUGACUGAUCAAUCCAUUGCCCUCUUGACAGCUGCUGGAUCUUCCACACGGGAAACACUGACUGAAAUUAAUCUUUCAGGUUGCCAUCGAAUAACAGACCAGUGCCUGUUGCUGCUUCAACACUGCCCAAACCUUAAUCGAAUCGACCUUCGGAGUUGCAAACUGAUUUCUCCCCAGGCUUGCCAGCAGCUUGCGGAAGGGCUGGCAGGUGUCACCUCAUUUGAACUCGUGGAAGACAAACUGUUAAAGAGAAGCAGUUUACAAUUGACAAAGUAGCCUCAUGGAUGCCGAUAAGCAUUGCCAGAAUGUUCCUCCAAGUCCUGACUGAAACAGCGCAAUUGCAAGCUCUGGGGGAAAUGCCUCCACUCUUCUAGCCGAUUGCUUUCUGUGUGUCUGUAUGGACCAUGCUGUGACGGUCUGGAGUCGUCAUGGCAAUCAUGUCCUUCACUGCUGCUGAAGUCAGUGAUCCAAUGACAGCUGUAUAGUUUUGGAGGAAAAUUACUGGUGUAAUUAUCUAGGCCUCAAAAAUGAAGCAUGAUUUUUGGACAAAAAUGUUUUUAUAUUGCAAAUACAGGGUUUUAAGCAUUACGCUCUGGUAAUAAUUCCUUCCUCCUUUUCUCUUCCCUCAAAAGUGUAGAUUUAGAAAAUAUUUAAAAAUACACAGAACUUGGAGGUAUACGUAAAAUUUCUGAUAUAAUGCUUAUUUGGAAAUAAAAACACAUGGGCUUAAAGAUGGGCUGUAAUUUAAUUUUGGAAAAGACAAUAACUGUUCUUGUCUAAACUUGAUUGCAGUCCAAAAUAAUACUCAUUACUUUUAAAACAGUACAUUUUAAUUAUUUUUUUUAUUCCACUGAAAUGCCCGCUGUUUCUGUAGACAUUCAGUUUUAUCACACUGCAUUUCCAAAUCUUGAUGAAUAGGUGGUGCACGAAUCUGCACCUUAAUACUGAAAUGAGAUCAGUCAGAUUGCAAAACUACAGUGGUGAAAUAAUUCCUGUAAUUAAUAUCUUUGUGUCAUUCCUUCAAUGGAUUUUUCUCGGUGGCUUCCUAUUCCUUGGUCUAAACAAACAAGCUCAUUUAUUUAGGUUACAUUGGUUGCUAUGAGAUUUGAGUUCUGUUCAAAAUUGUGGAGAAAGAACCUGCUUUGAAAAUGAAAGUCCUCAUGGGCUGUAUUGUUUUCCUGUAAUAUGUUUUAUUACAACAUUUUGGGAUGUGUUUUAAUAGUGAAAAUGCUUCAUAGCAACCCAAAUUAUCUAAUUAAGUGAGUACAUAGUGCUUUAAUGGGGGGAAAAAAUCUGAAAUGUGCAGUGAUUGACUUUCGUAAAUAUGAAUACUCUGAUGGAAUAGCUUUUGUCCACUAAAUGUGACAAAGAAAAUAAAAACAUGAUAAGAUUUAGACCACUAAGUAAACAGAUAUGUAAGAUUUUUGAGAGUCCUAUAACAGCUUGUUAUAUUCCAUCACUGCAGUUCUAGCCAAGGGACAGAAAUUUGGGAAAUUUUAGCCAGGUUAAAUGUCUUGUUUUGUUUUUGCACUGGCAAUGUCUUUUUUAAAAAGAACGUGCGUUGGGUUAGGUACUGGAUUUUAUAGUAACUGAGUUUAAUUAUAAACCAUUCCUACCCAAACAUACCCCUUGCCAAAAUGGUGGGCCGUUUGUUCCAUUGUACAUUACUGGUUCUCUAACAAUAGGUUUUUAAUUGGAUCGGUAACAACCAGCCUGUAAAUAACAGCAGAAAAUAUUUUUUAACUUAAGAAUGCUGCCAAACACAACUAAAUGGACAUUUUAUAAUUAUUUUCAGUUGUUACCAUAGAAAGAACACUGGAGAAAUUGCAUUUAAAAAAAAAAAAAAGAAAAAAAAAAAAGAUUUUAACUUCUAAAGGUCUGAGUGAGUUAAUUUGUUCUUGCCCUGAAGAUGAGAAGCCACCAUGUAGACUGGGCCCGCUCUGAAAUACCCAUCAUUUGUAAUUUCUGAAGCUCUGGUGGAGCUUCAGGGGCUUGGUUCUAGUUUGGCCUGGUGAUUUGCUAUACUCACUUUAUUUUACUAAUUUAAACGUGUGUUCUUCCUAAGAACAAAGAUUCUUGAGUUCUGUGUAUUAUUGGCUCGAUUUUCCACCAAGUAAAAGUUUCAGUCAUUAAUCUGUUCCCUGUGGAGGGGGAAGUUAAUUGAUGGAGAACCUAGACUCCAUCAAUUGAUGUCAGACAUCAAAAGCAAUGCAGAAAUAUGCUUGUCUGCCUUGCUUUUCAACUAGAAACGUUAGCAGUGUAUGCUUCCAAGUACUGGCCACAGAAUGCUACCUAUGGGUAAUACCUGAUAUGAAUGUCAUCUAACAAAAGAAAAUAGAUUAAUUAUCUGAGAAGGCACUAUAUUUCUUUCACAUUUGCCCUUGAAACUGCAGAUGGUACUUGCACAUGGACCAAUUCAAGACGGUGGCAGAUAUAAAGAUCCUUGCAGUAUGUUGCUUCAUUCCAAUGGGAUUUGAAAUAGAUUAUAAUGUAAAAAAGAUAUGUAAUAAAUGUAUAGCUAACGGCAAAGCUUUGGUUUGUUAAAUCGAAAGGUAAAAUGGCCAGGAUACAAUCUGAAAAAGUGUGAUAUUCUUAAGAAAUUGUGUUCCCUGUUCAUUGUAGUAUAGGCUCAUAACCUUGUUGAUCGAGAGGCAAUGUUCCACACAUGGGCAUCUGAGUGUCUCAGUUGAGCCAUCCACCGUUUAUGCUGUAAAAACACCUGAUAUAAAUAGUCCCAAAAUUUUCAUAGUUUUUUUUCUUUGUAAUAGGCUUUUCCUGCAUUUCUGCCCACCAACUUGUGUCUUUUGAUUUAGAUAGUACUGUACAAGAGUUCAUGGUGGAAACUUGGUUUAAUAGUUUGUUCUAUUUACAUGUGUGCACUAUGAAAUCAAGCUCUGUGUAUAAAUACAUUUUAUAUGCAUAAUAAGCUUCAGUACAUUUGUUCAAACACUUGUCUAAAGGUGCAAGGAAGUCAUCUUAAUAUGUAUGUUAUUGACCCUAUUACAAUAACAUGUUUACACAAAUUGCCGAAUGUUUGACAUUCAACAUAUGUUAUAUACUACUUUGCAAAUUUCCUGUGGUCUGCAACUUUAAUCCCCAAUGUAGAAUUGACAUAAAUUUUCUAUUAGUUUUCUUCCCAGUGCAUUGUUGAUAUGAGUAAAUUACUCCAGAAAAUUGCAGUUAGCAAGAACUUUGUGCUAAAUUGAAAACCUUAUAAAGGUUGAUUUUCUUUAAAAAAAAAAAAUCCAAAUCAGGACCUGGAACAUAUUUCAAAAUAGAUUUUAAUUGGGCAGUUUUCAUCUCUUAAAUUUAUCUCUUGUAAGAUUCACAAUAUUUUAGAUUUUGCCUAUUUCUGAGCAUUAUAACAAUGUUUAUUUUCUGCAAACUUGAUGUUUCUAUUCUCAAAAGGAUGAAAUGAAUCCUUCAAGAAGUGAUUGUGAUAAAGACAAUAAGAACCAAAAGCUGAUGGCAAUGAGUAAGAUAUAGACUAUACUGGAUUUGAUAUCGGUAUUGAGAGGAUUCGACUGCUUGUCUCUCAACUGAAGCAAGUGUGUUGUUUGCUCAUAAGAGCAACUUUUCAAUCUAUUGAUGUAUAAUCAGGCAAGAGCUUUGCUUAACUUAGUAGACACACAUCACUGGGUCAUUUGACCUUAAGAAAAUGGACUGGUUUUCGAGCAAAUUUGCCGAGCUCCAAAACAUGAAUCUAGAUGUUGAAAUUCCCAGAUUUACUGCCAAUAUUCAAAUAAUUUGUAAGCCAAAGCCUGUUGUUUUUUGCAUUUUUAACCCAAUGCAUUUUCAGAUGUCAACAGUACAAUAUCUUCCACAUGAAUCUACUAAUAUGACCAGCUCACUUACUAAGUCCCAAAUAUAUAUAAUUUCAAAAGAAUGCAAGUUACAAUUUGCCAUGAAUAAAACCGUGCAAAAAUAUUUGCACCUAAAAAAGUUAGUUCUUAAACCUCUUAAUGAAAUUUGUCAGACUUGCUUUGUGAAUAUUUUUCUAUCAAAUAUUUAAAUGAAUACAGUUUGUGGAUUAUGAAAUUUAACCAGUAAACUAUAGAAAUAUGACUCUUGCAAUUGCUGGUUUACAUUUUCUUGUAAUUUUCGCAGUGGAAGCCUAAUUUGUGCAGUUCAAUACAACCUUAUUUUUGUGUAUUUGCCGUUAAGGUCCCUAAAAUUUGUACAAUGCCACUCUGCCAUUGUGACUUGGUCAGAGGUGGGCUUCUUAAUAAAACUAUAGGUUAAUUCAAAUGGGCUGUAAGGAUAUGAAGCCACUGCACUUUUCUAACGUCUAUCUGCAGUCAGUCCUCGCAGACUGGAUGUGUGCAUAAGUAAUUUGAAAGGUUUUUGCACUCAAAUGUAAGUUUUCUCAUCAUCUAUUUGCAAAUAUUCAGCUACUGUUUGACUACUGUUGUAGCUAGCAGUAUUUUGAUGUUUCUAGGCAGAACAAUUUGGUUGUUUUUUAAAUCUCUGGCUCAUUUUGACUAAUAUCCAUUUUCUUUGUUAUAAACUACCGUCAUUCUAGUCUCCAACCACUGGAUGUCACUCGAGUAGUUUAUAAUUUACAGCAGUGUGUCUGGCUAUUAGUGAAGUUGUCUACAAGAAAGUUGGACAUUGUUUUCCUUCAGUACCUCUGCCACUCUCUCUACUGCUAUUUGGUUGUAUCAAUGUCAUUUUCCUGCCAUUAAGCUCACCAUAGACACCAGCAGGUAUAAACUCGUAAGUGGUUGUGUUAAACCCUCUCCUGCCAAACAUUCUGUACAUCCUGCAAGAUUGCUGUUGUCUAGUCUUUCUUUCCUCUCGUGUAAUAAUCAAGACUCUAGAAUACUAAUUCAUCCUUUUAUUGCUGAUAACGUUCCAUCCCAUGGCAGUUCUGAUGUGCCAUCAGAUCAAGAACUCUUGGUGUUCAACCAAACAAUCACUUCUAACAUUUUGACACUAUCCUUUGUUCUUCAGCUAACUUUGUAGUUCUAUCAGUGCCUAACGUCAACACUUGUAUUGACCUCCUUCAUCCCAGCAUUAGAAUGCAAAACUACAAAAAUGUAGCGACGCCUGGCUCCUGUAAACCAAGCACUAAAUGUAAAAACAAUCUUGCCGUUAAUUAACACAGCAUUAAGCGGAACAUUUUCUGCAUGCUUUCCUUGAAGUGAAGGUUGAAGUAGUGAACUACUUAUAUUGAUAGCCUCUCUCAUUUCAUACCAACACAAGACUAGACCCAUCCGUAAAUAAUCUGCUCCAGUGUCUUUGCACUAGCCUGCACAUUUUGAUGAAAUAUGGAAUUCACCCCUUUUCAUACUGAGCUCUACUGCAAAGAGAGACCACCUUGCUUAACUCCAGGACAUUCUUACCAAUUUUAUGGAAAUAUAAUUAACCACAGUUUAUCACUAAGUCUGCUUCCCACUUUGGUAUCUAUUUGAAGACACUUUUUUUCUCCUAUGACCCAACGUUGUUCCGUGUCAGGGAAGCAAAAUAGGUCUCUGUCUGGACUUAUAUUCUUGCAGUUAUUCAUUGUUCGUGGUGGGGAAAGUGAGUAACGCCAAUAAGAUUACCCUGGUAAAGAAUAAGGAGGCAACAACAGUGUUAAUGAGUAAUGCAUACUUCCUACAUCUUCUCUCCCCAACCCCACAAUGCUAUUAUCCAUUCAAUUCUACCUUGUUAAAUUAUGACAAUCUCUAGACGGGAGGUGCGUUUAUCACUUUGCCUGAUUUGAAAGUUAUUCACUUGGCUGUCAAUUUAAUUUUAUUGAUAAUUUCCUCUACUUUUUUAAUAUGCAUAAAACUGUUUCUAAGAAACUAUCAAUGUAUUCAUAAACUUGUCACAAGUUUCAUUUAAUUUUUUUGCAGUUAAAGCAGCAUAGUCACAUUUUUUACUUUAAAUAUAUAUUCACGAGAUUUGCUUUCUUCUCCUUCUCCACAAUCUCACUAACUCUAGUUUCCAAAUUUAAGGCAGUAUUGGCAGUGGUGUAUCCCUACACAGAGUAUAUCGCAGCUUCAUUUUGGUGUUUUCACAGGACAAAAUAGGGCACUUGAAAGCACGCCCAGCCAAACGCUAACUAGCCCUUUCAGAGCUGAGAAUGUUCUGCCUGUAAACCUAGCCUCCCCCCCCCCCCCCCCCCCCCCCCCACCAUUUACUGCUAUCACUUGCACAGGUUGCUUUCAAUGUUUUGGUGUAACAGAGAAUGAAGGGCUGUACAGCCACCCACGUUUAGUUGGUUUCAUUUGUCUUUCUUCAAUCAGAUUGACUUGUGUGUAUUAAAGGGUUGAUUAGAUUGGCCUGUUCAUAUAAUGUGCUGUAAGGAGUUUGAAGAACUUCUGUGUGGGGAAUGUGGUUUCUUGUUUCAUAAUGCCUGAAUUCUAGCCUUAGGAAGAUAACCUCUUAACCCAGACCAAUGAAUAUUCUGCCCUGUGGCUUUCUGAGUUUAUAAUGCACUGUUUCUUGUCAUUAAGGAGCAUCUACCUUUGACUGACGCCAGACUUUCUAAUUUAAUCUUCUAACCAUUCAAAACUUUUACAUUAGAUUUGUUCAUCUUUUGAGCACUGGGAUAUUUGUCCAUGGCUAUAACAUACUGCAGCAAUCCCACAAUAUCAUCCCACAGCUAUUGACAAAUGUUAAACAGAAGAAGCUGGUAUUGUCAGAAAAAACUGCACACUCCAUGUCCAAGUAACUUUUGAAUUUGACUUGGAAAUUUGAAGCAGUUUCCAUUAGUUUAAAAAGUUGUGUAUAAAUGCAAGUUGGUAUCCUGAUCAAUUAGUUAUUUUCAAUAUUGUAUUUGCUAAGCUAAGAAUGAUUCUAUCAAGUAUUGAGAAUAAUGUCUUCAAUAUCUUGAAGCAUCUCCCCCCCAGAUUUAUGAAGUAUAUUCCUUUAUAAAUCUGCACUUUUUACUGCUGGCUCUUCACAGUAUUGAAACAGUUGCCCAAUAGUUUGCAGCUUGUAAAUAUGAUAUUAUCCCAAUGAUAUGACUGUUAAUAUUAAUGGACAAAUAAUUUGAAUCGAUAUGAAGUUCUUUACUUAUUUUCGCAGGCAUGUUAAUCUUUUAAUAUAGGCAGGUUAAUACCAUUGUUAAAUGUAAAGUAAGCAGAGGAAUGGUGGAGUAAUGCAGUAAACACAAUCUUGUGGAUCUGCUAAACGUGCUAUUAAAGCAAUUUGAAUGUCUAUACUGCUAAAGAUAAACAAUUGCAAUAUAUCCAAUAGCAUUCCCAUUCUCAGGACAUACGUUUUAAAGUUGCAUUGGCAGCUUGAAUUUGUGAAAUAGUUAUACUGUUCGUAACUUUUGAAAUCAUAUCCUAUGCCAGUACUUUAGUCUAGGGUCUACAUAUGUUCACCUCUUCCAUUGAAUUCUGCCCUAAUGGUUACGGUGCGAUUGUCAGUGGACUUUAAAUCAUCAUGCAUGCUGGGCUCAAUGCAUAAGCAAAAGCUUUCUGCAUUGAAACCACAAAUCAUGUUGUUUAUGAAUUUGCAUGCUUCCAGUCCUGUGGUAUUUUACCUCUGACCUCCCUCCCCAACCAGUGGACGUCAAAACAAAUUGUGUUUACUGCAUUCUUCUGUCAGUCCUCUGCUUACUUUAUAUUUAACAACGGUGUGACACUGAGAAGCUUUUGGUGGUGACGGUAUUUAUUUUUCACUGCAACUCCACUGCAUUUGCUUAAAAGUUGUGUUGUGCCAUUUCAUUCCUUGUCACUUUCUUUUUUUUUUGUUUAAAACAAGUUGUUACUGCCAUUGUUAUGUUGGUUGUUUAAGAUGUUUAUAAAGCAAAAGAAAUGGCUUUGGAAGAUUUCAAGAUGGUAGCAGACUAAAAUGUAUUGAAUCUUUAUCACUUGCCUUGACUUGUCAGAAAUAAUGCAUGGAAUAGUUGUAAGACGUGUCCUAGAAUAAUCUGAGUCGAGUGAACAAGAACCAUCCCAACUGUUACUACGAAAGUCAUUAACCUAUUUGUGUUUCCCUUCCAUCUGGCCUUCCCUUCCCAACUGCCUGUGCUUUUCUAUAUGUACAGUACUUCACAAAAGAACAAUCAAAAUAAAAUAGUGCGUCAAGAGAAAAAUACUAAGGAGGGGCCUCAUUGCUGUGAGCCACUCCUGUUAUACGGGUGUAGGAUAUUUCUAAAGUUGUAACUGGUGGAAUAUUUAUUAGGAGCAUGUGUCGAAAUAUCAUAUACUGUAUCUUGCAGAAUAACUACUUAAUGUUAUUUUGUUGCUUAUCUGAACCUCCAUGGUCUAAAUCCUUUGGUCUAGUCCUUUGGACAGUCUCUAAAAUAGUUAUCAUUUAAAAUUAACUAUUGGUGUCUCAGUUCUUUUAGGUGCCAUAUGUCAUCCAAUUUAAUGGAAUUGGAUUGUCCCCAAGAUAUGUCCCCCAAUUUAAUGGAAAGACACAAGGACAUUCUGGUUUUUAACCCAUGCCUUUAAACUGAGUUUCUUGCUUGCUUGUUAGUAUUCCUGCUUCUGAAACCAUGUACUGUGGAAUAUUUAAACGGUUAUAACUCAAUUUUCUGGUUAAUGUACUCAAGGGGAACUAUUGUCAUGGUGGAAUUCUGUUCAAAUUUAGUCCAACUUUAGAGAAUCUCCCUGUUUGCAGCAUUUGAACCAAACAGGGCACUAUCAUCUAGAUUUGUUAAUUGAUUAAUUUAUCUCUUAUUAACCUGCUUACCUUGUAUCCUCGUAUGAAACAUGAUAGACUAGAACAUGAGUGGGCAUUCCCACUCAAUCACCCAGUAUGUUAUAUCACUGAUAUUGUGGGGGGAAUAUUCAGAUUUUUUUGUUCAUGCCUGUUUUACCCAUGUUCGUUCAUGUUUUGGCAGCACUGUUUGGACUGGUUUAAUGGUUAGCUGGGCCAAUGUUAGAGUCCAGCAUUGAUAUUGACCAAGUACAUUCUGAUCUUCAAGUGGGAACAAAAAUAGAGGGCUGCUUAAGGGACACUCCACCUCCCAAGGCUUGAGUUUAUUGUUAGGUACAUGUGUCAUAUACAUUUAGUGACCAAAAUAUUUAGAAAUGGCCACAUCAAUUUGUGUGGGACGCCUAAUUCAGGUUAUGAGUUUUGUUCCUGAUGUUCUCCUUGUUAAUAGAAAAUAAAUGCAGAAUUUUGUAAAGAUUUGAGUAUUUUCUCAGUUGAUGUUUUAUAGGAUUAUACCACUUGUAAAUAACGUUUUGCUGGUUGGUUCUUAAUCCUUGUACAGCCAACUCUUAUUUUGAAUUUGUAGCUGCACAAAACAUGCUGUACUUCAGAAACCUCAAUUAUACUUGAAUAAAGUUUUACUUUAAAUUUAAA